UCCGAACCUUUCUUGAAACUUCAAAGGCUUUUCAUUUGGAUCCCAAUGGUCAGUCUCUUUAAUAGAUGUGUUAAAAUCACGGGAGAUCUCUUAAUUUCUAAUCAAAUGCCUCUCGAAAAUUUUAAUGAUGUUCUGUUCACAUAUUGUAAAACAACUCGUUUAAUCGUUUCCGUGACAGGAUGUGAAACUAUUGGCCUUUUCUUUUUGUUUCUUCGAAUCUGUUUUAUUCAGGUUCUGUCCGUUACUUUCAACGACACCGCCGAGAUGAUUUUCUCCGGUGGUAUUGACAAUGUGGUCAAAGGUUGGGACAUCCGAAAAUUAGACGUGUCCAUUCUUUUGAGUGGACACACAGACACCGUGACCGGGUUAUCUGUCAGUCCGGACGGCUCGUUCCUUCUCUCCAACGCAAUGGACAACACUCUUCGCCUGUGGGAUAUCCGACCUUUCGCUCCACCUGAACGUUGUAUGAAGGUAAGUGGUGAAUAUCACACGUUCGAGAAGAACAUGCUUCGUUGCGCCUGGUCCGCAGAUGGACGUCGAGUCACUUGCGGCAGCGGUGAUCGUUACGUGCACGUCUGGGAUGUGCCUAGUCGACAACUGGUGUACAAACUACCCGGUCAUACCGCAUCCGUGAACGAGACGGCGUUCCACCCGCGUGAGCCUAUCUUGCUGUCCGUUGGAAGUGAUAAGAAAAUCUUCCUCGGUGAAAUUCUCCCUUGUUACUAG